AUGCCCGAUUCAAAUCCCACGCAAUCUGCACCGUCGUCGUCGUCGUCAUCAUCGAAGAAGGAGGACCUAUCGACCGCCCGUCUUGGCAGCAUAGCAGUCGAGUGCAACCAGCUGAAGGACGACUACGAGCAGUGCUUCUUUGAGUUCUUUCCCCGCUUUCUGUACGGUGAGAAGUUCAAAGAGGAUCCCUGCGCAGCGCAGCUGAAGUCCUACCGCGACUGCCUCCGUGCCCAUUUGGCUGGCAAAAUGCACAUAGACUUGGACGCCCUGGACGCCGAGAAGAUAUCCACCGCUGAUCUGGCGAAUGCCAUGGCUGAAGGGACUAAUGCGAAGCCGUAA